AUGGCCCGCAACUUGGCCGACAAGGAUCCAGUCUUUCUAGACGUUGAUUCCCACGUAGUACCUCAUUCUAGUCUUCUUCUUCUUUCGUCUCUCUCUUCUCACUCUCUCGAGUCUCUGGCCAAUGCUGCAGCUUCCGAGUUGACUACCAUUCCCAUACACACUUUCAGGUUGAAAAAUGUCGUCGAACAGCCGAUUGGAAGCAGCUACGAGGCUUAUGCAGCCAUGUGUACUAUUGUGGCUACAUGUGCGCGAGCUGGAGACGUGCAGACGUCUACAGAGCAGCGACAACAGCUUUACGUUCUUGGGGUCCAAGACAAAGACCUGCAGCUGAGACUCACUCCAGUAUUAGCUACUGUAGUGCCUCUUGUAAGGCGUGUGCUGGAAACGACCAACUUUGACUUUGCUCAAGUGGUGGAUGUGUCUUGGAGACUGGACUACGUGCUACGUUCAAGUAGCGCCGGAAGUGUCCAUGAGCCACUGUACUUUGUGCAGCUGCAAUUGCAGUCGCCUCGUGCUGAUGAUUCAGGACUCCAGACGGUGACGUUUACGUGCUCAGUGGAAGAGCUACGGGUGCUUGUGUAUCGUAUACAAGAGGCUGCUAACGAGGUGGAAAAGCUUGUGGCAGGAGCGCCCUCGCAGCUCCGAACCAGUGCGUGA